AUGCGUACACAACCGACAACACCGGAAACUCCUUCGCCUAAUGCCCUCCAUAGACAAGAGCCCGUGACUCCCUCACGUCAGCUCAUCAAAACCACACCUCUUGGAGCAUAUCCAACGCCACAAUCUAGCAUUAAUGUGACUUCUCCUCCAUCUGCUCCGGCCCUUGCCUCUACUGAGAUGAGUGGACACACCGGCCAGAUUCACGGGACUAACGAUAUCGGAGUAUAUCUGACAGCUCAUGAUGAUCUGAGAAAGUUGUAUCCCAACGAGGAAAAGGUACCUCACACGAGGAUUUGUGUUCUUGGUGCUCAGAGUGCUGGAAAAAGUAGCUUUUUGAGUGCGCUCACAGGCAUCGACCUCUAUUGCGCUGAACGUCGAGCGACAUGCUGUCGAACCCUUAUGUCCUCUAGAAGAGGAGGUGACACAUUUCAGGCGACUAUCUAUAUCAUUGUUGUCGAUGCUCGCUCUGGCGAAGCGCAGUCAACGCUGUUUGCUUCCUUUCACGCCGAGAUUAAGGAGAUGGGGGAGAUCUGUCAUUGGGCAGGUGAAGAAGCUCGAAGAGCCGAUGGAGCGAAUCAGACGGUCAGAUCGUGGAAAGGUCUUUUGAGCAUGAGCAUUGAUGAGAGAAACACAGGCAAAAAUAAUUGGCCUGACUUCACUCGAAAUGUGGUGAUCAUAAAUGUUACUGGUCCUGGUCGACCGAACUUGGAUAUUGAAGAUCUUCCGGGUCUCAAUGGCCAUGUCGUACCCCAGAGACUGGUUUCUGACUGUAUUUCUCAACCUCAAAAUAUCAUUGUUCUUUGCCUUUCUGCCGGGUCAAAGGACGCAUCAUCCGCAGAUCCGGAGGUAAAGCUAGCGAAGACGCACGACCCUACUGGCAAGCGCACGAUAGGCAUCAUCACUCGAGCCGACCACAUGGUACCAUCCCUUGACGAAGGUACCACAUUUGUAGAUUAUCUCCUAGAGAUUGGGAACCAUUUGGGUGGCUUUACUCCUCAAGGCGGAUGGUGGCCAUUACGUCUCCGAAGUCAUCGUGAGAGAUGUGACGGUUUAUCUCUGCAACAGGUGCGACAACUAGAGAUGGAACUCUUCAAGGACGAUGAGUGGAUGAAGAUUCAGGAAAGGAAAGGGAGACACUUCGGGAUUGGAGAAUUGGAAAAGAAGCUGGAGGAGAUGUUCAGUCAAAAGGUCAGACAGAAUAUGAUCUUCCUUAGAAAAAACAUUCGGGAAACUAUGAAGACUCAUUCGGAAUGGCUCUCGUCAAAUCCCACCAUCCAAAACCCUGUCGCAGCGUUGCAUGAUCAAGUGAUCCACAAAUUCACAGAAAGACUCAAGGAAAAGGUCCAACGAGCAAACCAGUCAGGCAAACUAUUUGAUUUGCAGAGUCAAUUCGAGAGAAACAUACAAGAAGCUGUUCCAGAGUUCCUGCCAUUCACUGAAGCCGAAGGAAACCAAGAAGGCUACCAAUCAUUCUGGGAAGGACAAGGUAUUCGUGUUGGAGGAGAAGAUCUCAUCUAUGUUGAUGCACUGUUGGAGAAAAUCAAUCAAUAUACCAGUCGUCGUAACCCCGAUGAAAUCGAUGCGAGAGCUAUAAUGCAGUUCUUUCAAAAGACAUAUUUAGCUCGGUGGGCUGACACCACACGAGCGCAUGCUUCGUCAUUAUGGAUCGAGCUGGAGCAGAUGCUACUUGAUGCAGCCAAAGAGAUUUGUGGAGAUAACGUCGCUUUGCUUGAGGAUAUGCUUCGACACUUGGAAGACCUGACACAAGACAACAAGCAGAGCACGAGCGAUUUUGUCGAUGAUAUGGUGAUUUUAUUCUCAUCACCCCCCUCGGAUCUGGUUAGCGCUACCAAGCCUCGAUUGACAAAUUUGAAAGAAGAUUCAGUCAAUCAUUUCCUUACCUUUCUCAAUAGACCGCUUCGCAAUAUUUCUUCAGCUGCUAGCGGUUCAACAUCGCCCUCGUCUGUGGUCAGUUCUGGUCCCAGACUUGUUCAUGAAACCUUUACUCUCCAUGAAAGGACCAGAUGUGCGCAGUUACAAGCAAGCAUCGAAAUAGCCAUGAUGACCUGGGCUAUAGAGUUCUCAUGUGUGGUCGGCAAGCACUCACAGUUGAAGAUCUUAACCUACGUAAAAAAUGUGACACCCGCUCUGAGAAACGGGAUGGGGCUUAAUGAAGUGGUGGAGAGCGUUAGAAAGAGGGCAGGCGAUCGUUUUGAAAGUGAUCGAACCAAAAAGAGAGAAAGGGAGAUCAGAUUAGGAGAAGUCAAGAAGCUGGAAGACAUUCAACAACAUUUUGAGAGUAUCACCGAUAUCUGA